AUGGCAGCAUAUUCGCCCUUGUUUGACCUCACUUAUCUGAUACAGGCUGAGAAAGAAGAACGCCUCUUCUUUGAUGCGAAACAGGCCCACAACUCGUGCCUUGUCAUGUUUGAACACAAGGUGCCUUCAUCGCGUCGCAUCCUGCAAAAUGUUGGCGGCAAGAGGCUCGCGAGCGAAGCUUCAGCUGGCAACUGCAGUCAGAGGCCAACAUGGAGGAGAGGCCUCGUAAAGAAGCGCCGGUGCGUCAUCCUCUCGCAAGAGUCAAAAGAAGAGCAGCCGGUGGAUAUCGGUCCACCGGUUGACAGGGUGCGCGCAACUGAUCGCAGCCAAGAGAGUGGUUUCGCACAAGGGCAAGCUCAGACCCCUGGUCGGGUGGUAGUGCACACCGAGCAGGAUGGUGCAGUUCAGACGGUGCAAGAAAACAAGCUUGGAACGGCCUUCUUCUCCAAGCUCAGUCGAGCAAAGCUCCACUACCAAGAUCCGAAGAAUGGGCCACAGGGUUUCAGCAAGCGGUACGCUGCUCUCUGUGAUCACACGGUGGAGUUGCAUCUUCUCGACCAUAAGGGCUAUCGUAGCUACGGGUCGUACCAAAACUGGCCGACCGCGCGGGACUACACUUCGCAGCAGCCUUUCCUUGAGGAGGUGCUUGUCGAAGGAAAACCGUGCAAGCCGUUCCUAGACAUGGAAAGAGAUCGGGGUUUGCCCCAGGGGGAAAAUCUUGAGAGCGUCAUCAGCCAGUUUGAAGACGCCAUUACGAAGAUCUUCGCGGAGGACUACGCAGUCGAGAUCCAAGAGCGGGACUUCAACUGGGUCCACUGCGACUACGGACCCGGCGGCAAGUUCAGCGUCCAUCUCGUCAUCUCAACACACGGGCCGCGGCAACUGGUCUUCCGCUCCAAUCUCGCCCCUAACGUUGACCCGCAAGGAGCAGGGCACCUCGCUCGCAGGCUUGCUAAGGUUCUCCCCCCAACCCUGGCUGACCUCAUCGACCAAAGCGUCUACACUCGGAAUCGAGGCAUCCGGAUGCCUGGUUGCGCAAAGCCCUCCAGACCUAACUGCCCGCUGCGUCCUCUGGACCCCACCAAGCCGUAUGCUGACAGCGUCAUCACCUGGUUCGACGAGGAGAUUGACUUCAUCAAGGUCCCUGUCCUCGUGCCUGAUGCUGUGCGACAACAACGGCGCCCCACAAAGCCCGCAGAGAUGGCUGUUCUCAGCGCCACCAAUCUGGACGCCUACACGGUCCAGCGCUGCCUAGAGCUCUUGCAAGCACGGUUGCAUCCAACGGCCUACAAGCGAGGAGCGAGUAGGGCGCUCAACUUUAGCUGGACGGACCGAGAAGGAGAGCCGUGCUACACCGGGCACACUCACUCUGGGGUGCGCGAUCUUUUGUGCGUCGUGAACGAGGCGCAGAACGCUGUCUUUGCCAAGUGCUCCAGCGAGCGAAAAGACUCCACGACCGGAGUGUGCUGCAAGGAGCAGCCUGCUCACUAUCUCGGCCGCUUGUACGAGGACGUGGAGACUUGGAAGGCCGGCGCCAUCGAGAUCGACAUGCGCUAUCUCGAACGGGACCCCCUUGCUGCUGGACCGAUGGAUCUGCAGCUGAUCCGGAUGAGCUCGAAGGGGAUGACGGACAAGAUUCUUUUCAACAACGUGGUCAACAGGUGGCAAGCUGGCGAGUUCCAGGCGCUCCUCGUUCGAAGCCCGAUGGGCACGGGCAAAUCCGAGCUGGUCAAGCGGAUCAAGGCGGAGGAGCCCGUCCCCCAGAAGAUUCUGCUGGUCACAUAUCGGCAGACGCAGGCGUCUGAUGCGCAUGGCAAAAACCCGGAGUUCGCCCACUAUGCGGACCUCAAAGCCCUGCCAUCCCAGCUGAACGAGCAAGGGGAUUUCGUUGCUCCUUUAGCCGACAGAGUGCGGUUCCCAAAAGUCAUAGUCCAGGUCGACAGCCUUUACCACCUCCUCGAUGAGAGCAAAGUGGUCGACUCAUUCGAUCUCGUAAUCCUUGACGAGAGCGAGUCCAACCUGGCCCAUCUUUCAGCUGAUACCCUCUCUAACCGACAUCGGAUCGCCAACUUCCUGAUUGAGCUUCUGUGCCAAGCAAAGCGGAUUAUAGCGCUGGAUGGGCACCUGGCUCAGCGGACGUUCGACUUUCUCACAAUGAGCGGCAUCCCGUGCGGGCCUGUUGUGAUCAACAAUCAUCUACCAGAGCGGACGAUUUGUGACUAG